AUGUCUACCAAAGUUUUUGUUGGCGGCCUUCCUUGGCACACAUCCGACCACGUCUUGAGGCAAAGGUUCGAGGAAUACGGUACUAUUGAAGAAUGUAUGGUGGUUAGAGACCGAGAAACCGGCCGAAGCAGGGGGUUUGCAUUCGUUAGAUAUUCCAGCCCAGAAGAGGCAGAGGCUGCAGUUGAAGCGCUUGAUAAUGAGGAGUUUGAUGGUAGAGUUAUCAAGGUCAGCAUUGCAUCUACUGGUGGUGGUGGUGGUGGUGGUGGUGGUG